AUUCGACCUGUUUUCCAUCAGUACCAAAAAAAAAACGUGACCUUCGGUGGCUCAAAUGUAGGGAAACACCCCAAAAAAAAUAUCCCGGCUUUCAAAUAAAAAAUAAUAAUAAAUAGCGGAAGAAUAUUUUCUUCCCGGAAAAGAAGAAGAAGAAGAAAGUGCGACGAUGCCAUCGAGUGUCCUUCGAUUUAUCUUGUUUUUCGCGUGCAGUUUUCAAUUAGCACCAGCACUUUUCAACGUGACGGACACGUUUUCUGCCCCGAGAGACAACCCGAAUGUCACCAGCCAAGGACAACCCAGAGUUUCAGCUGAAGGGGACAUUCCGGUUCAGGCCCUGAAUGGAACAACUGAGACGGGUUCGAAGUUGAGCGGGGACUCGAAAAUCGACGCUGUGGAGGCGAGCAAAAAGGAUUUCAUUGAUGACAUCAAUGACAUCAGCAGAAGGAUUUUAGCACUAGAGGAUGCUGGGGCUUUUGCUAUUAUCGUGAGCGGAAUUUCU